AAAAUGCUACGAAGCACAAGACUAGAGAUUGAGGACUUAAAACUCAGGGCUUUACAGAGCAAAGGAAGAAGAAAUUAUUAGUUUAGAAGAAAGAAAUAAGGCUUUGGAGAAAGAUUCACAAAGAAAAUCAGUACUGAUUGAGAUGGUAUUUCAACAGUUAACUGAAGCAAAAUCAGAAAUUAAAACUCUUCAAGAAAAGUUAAGGAUGGAAACAGAAAGAAAUAUUAGACUUGAUACAUUCAGAGAGGAAACAAUAUCACUAGAGAGAGAAUAUUAUCCCCAUACAGAAAAUAUUUCUGUGUCUGAUUCUGAAAUUACUCUAACAGCCCCUUGUCUUAAAACAUGCAAAGAAAUUCAAAUUCCAGAGACUGCCCAAUUAAUAUCAUUGCAUGAUGCUUUUGCUGAUUCUGCUUCUGCAAUUUUGUUACGACUACAAAUGACAUCAAUAGCAUAUCUGUGCAUCAACAGGACACCUUUAUCUUAUGACAGUGUGCAUUCUAUCGUUGAUGUACUGCAAAAGCUUAAGGCUCUUCGACUUAGCAAUGUCUGUCUUCCUCCUACCAGUUUGAGCUACAUCCUCAAUGCCUUGUUAACCAAUGAGUCACUACAAGAAUUCACCAUUCAAUUUGAUGACCAAAUGAUGCUGCCUCUCUCCUCCGCAAGUGCUGGUUUUUAUGCACAAGCUAUUUCUAAUAUUAUUCGAAGCAAUUCAACUUUACAGUACAUAUCUAUUCUUGGCCUUAGACUUGGUGAAGCUGGGGUGGGGAAAAUUUUACUUGCUCUUGCAAAGGACAACAAGACUCUUCGACUGCUCACCCUAGACCUGUCUCAUCAAGACACUGCUUACAGAUUUGCUGAAGCUAAUGGCCCCAUUAAAGACAGACUGAGUUUUUCUUAACUGGAAACUUUUGCUUUUGAUGAUACUGACUAUUUUUUUAGUAUAAUAGAUCUAGCUUAGCAACUUUUUGAUGUUGUAUGUUAUUAGUAUAGCUACUAUUAGAAUUUUUGUUGCUGUGUGACACUUUAUUUUAUAAAAGCUGCUAUUAGACUUUUUGACGCUGUGUGUAUCUUUAUAAUUGCUUUUACUUAAUAUAGUAUUUUCUUAAGUUAGUU